AUGCACAAGUUACUCGGUCACCAUGCGAGCCCGAAGUUGCCGUCGUUCGCCCAGUACGUGCGUGCUGUUGACGAAUAUUUCAUGCAUCUCAUUCCAGGUGAUCAGGUGAUUGGAAACACGUGUUACAAUCAUUGGGUACACGCCCAAGCGAAGAUUGCGAAGCGGGUUUUCCUGACAUGGCGUAAGACUUUGCCUGGCAGACCUGACCAGAAAAUGGAGCCCGCUUUCGACCCAGCGACCCGGAUGGAGCCAGCGGACAAGAAACGCAAGGUGACGAAGGUCGACGUCGGCGGCGCCGACGAGGAUGCUGCGCGCAGCUCCAAGGAUGGCGCGAACGAGAUUGCGGUGGCGGAGGCGGCCUUCGACCUCAUGGGGGAGGGCGAGGAGGGCGGCGGCGAGCCCGGCGCGGAGGCGGCCGCCAUCGUGCUCGACGAGGGAGCGGACUCUCAGGACAAGGAGGAGGUCGUCCACCCGUACGACGAGUGGGUGACCCCCGCGGGCACCAGCGUGUGUGUCGGCACAGGCCUCACAGACGCGCACCUUCGGCGCGCCCUGGGCUUCCUGGGCGGCGAGCACCCCGCGGCGGAGCCCGCCGGGCUGCGCGUUCUGCACGACGGCGUCUGCGCGCCGAAGCGCACGCUUGCCGCCGCCGCCGCGGACGCGCUGGGGAGGCUGCUUUGGUGGCUGCUCGUGCCCAGCGCCGAGGCGAGCCGCGUCCUGCAGGAGGUGAUCCAGCACCUGCUGGGCGGCGCGGCUGCGGAGAAGCCGGCCCCGGAGCGGGGCCUGGUGGCGGCGCGGAGCCUCGUGUGGCCCAUGUGA